UUUCCCAUCCCUAGCCACAAGUAAAGCUAAAAAAGUUGGCCCUUUCUUUCUCAGGAAAAACAAGAUAGAAUUUACGAUGACGAAAAUCCAUAGCAGGCAGUCAUAAAACACUACCCAUUUAGCUAUAGCAUUUCAAGCUGCUUUGUUUCGUUGCUUUUUUCAAUUCAAGGUAGUGUUGCCAUGAUUCUGAAUGGCUUUACCUUUCCGUCGAGGUCUAUUUCAGUGAGUUCAAGGCUUCGUAAGCCUGUGCCGUGUAGCUCUAGUUUUGCAUGCUCUCAUCAUUUGGCUACCACAGCUCUAUUUCGAAGCAGCAGUGAAUCUGGAGAUGUGCCUUUCUUGCGCCUUUCUGCUGCAUCAUCUCCGUUGUUGAGUGGGGAUCUAGGUGGUCUAUCACAAGCUUUACCAUCAUUACCUAGGCGUCGUGGAUCUAAUUUGGUGCCUCGAGCUUCAAAGGAUGUUCCGUACAGUUUUCGUUUUCCACCAAUGACUAAGAAACCCAAAUGGUGGUGGAGGACUUUAGCGUGCCUUCCUUAUUUAAUGCCUCUUCACGAGACGUGGAUGUAUGCAGAAACAGCAUAUCAUUUACACCCAUUUUUAGAAGACUUUGAGUUUUUGACCUAUCCAUUUCUCGGAGCCAUUGGAAGUUUACCGAGCUGGUUCUUAAUGGCAUAUUUCUUUGUUGCAUAUCUAGGGAUAGUGAGAAGAAAAGAAUGGCCCCAUUUUUUCCGAUUUCAUGUCGUGAUGGGCAUGUUAUUGGAAAUUGCUUUGCAGGUAAUAGGGACCGUGAGCCGGUGGAUGCCACUUGCAAUAUAUUGGGGUAAGUUCGGGAUGCAUUUUUGGACAGCUGUGGCAUUUGCUUACCUCUUCACCAUUUUGGAGUGCAUAAGAUGUGCACUUGCCGGUAUGUACGCUGACAUUCCUUUUGUAUGUGAUGCUGCGUAUAUCCAAAUUCCAUAUGAUUAAUAAUCGAAAACAUACGGUAGAAACUGUUCUAAAUUUGCAUUAUGCAACGUAUGUUUUAAGUUGAACAUCUUUCUCAUUUUUCCAAUGACAAUCGUGCUAAGGCUGUUCCGGCUUUAGUUAUUAUUAGUGUUA